AGAAGAAAAAGAAAAAGAGAUUUCAAAAUCAAAAUAAAAAGAUUUAAGAGAGUUUUAGUUUGUUGAGCCUCUUCCCCUUCCCAGAGUUAAGUUACACAAAGAUGAUGAUCCGUUCAAGAAGCGCAGCUACCACCGCCGUUAGAUCCUUGGGCUACCUCCGCCACUCUUCCGCACUCGUUCACUCUCCACUCCUCUCCGGCGCCACCGCCACCCCCGUCCGCCACUUCACCUCUCCCGGCAACAGCUACCAAAUCAAGCCGCCGGUGAACUGGGGAAUCCGAAUCGUCCCGGAGAAGAGAGCGUGCGUGAUUGAGCGGUUCGGCAAAUACGUCAAGACUCUGGAGUCAGGGAUCCACUUCCUCGUCCCCGGCGUGGACCGUAUCGCGUAUGUGCAUUCGCUCAAGGAGGAAGCGAUUCCGAUUGGGAACCAGACUGCGAUUACGAAGGAUAACGUCAGCAUCCACAUCGAUGGUGUUCUUUACGUCAAGAUUGUGAAUCCGCAUCUGGCGUCUUACGGCGUUGAGAAUCCGAUCUACGCUGUUAUGCAGUUGGCUCAGACCACUAUGCGUAGUGAACUUGGGAAGAUUACUCUUGACAAGACUUUUGAGGAACGAGAUGCGUUGAAUGUCAAGAUUGUGGAAGCCAUCAAUGUUGCUGCUAAAGAUUGGGGUCUUGAGUGCCUUCGUUAUGAGAUAAGGGAUAUCAUGCCUCCUAAUGGAGUGAGGGUUGCUAUGGAAAUGCAAGCUGAAGCUGAACGUAAAAAGAGAGCCCAGAUUCUCGAGUCUGAAGGAGAACGCCAAGCCCAUAUCAACAUAGCUGAUGGUAAGAAGAGUUCUGUAAUCUUGGAAUCAGAAGCUGCAAAGAUGGACCAAGUCAAUCGAGCAUCAGGCGAGGCAGAAGCAAUAUUAGCUAGAGCACAAGCAACAGCGAGGGGGUUGACCAUGUUAUCUCAAUCCCUCAAGGAAACUGGUGGAGUGGAGGCUGCGAGUUUGAGAGUUGCUGAGCAAUACAUUCAAGCUUUUGGGAACAUCGCCAAGGAGGGUACAACGAUGCUGCUUCCGAGUUCAGCUGCAAAUCCUGCAAACAUGAUCGCUCAAGCCUUGACAAUGUACAAAAGCCUCGUCCCCAACGGUGGUAUCCAAGAAACUUCAGCUGUGGAAUCCUCGUCUAAAGCGAAAUAGAAGUGGUGGUGGUGGUAGAAGAGCUAGGAACAAUGAUAAUUCUUUUGAUCUGUGAGAAACAGUUUAUCUUUCUAAGUUUGCAAACAGAAAAACAAAUCUAAGCUCUAAUUUCUGAAAGGAGAUUUUUGCACCAA